GUACGUUUCUGUUAGUCAAUGGUUGGCUUGAAACUCGACAGUAGUUGACUGGAACUGAGUCAACGUCGGGAAGGGAGAUAAAGAGGAGGAGAAGAAGUGCAAUUAAGGAAAGAGAUAGCAAGUAAUAGUUAAUGGGAAUUUGCUGGAGUUGUUCAGCUCACGACGACCGAUACCCACCUCUCAGCUCCGUCGAUCAUGUUUCCACUGGUAAACUGUCUAGCGGCAGUGGACUUCAAGGGACGAGCAAAAGCCUAAUAUCAUGGAUAUCUCAACCAAGUAGCAGUUUUACAGCUAUUUGGGGCAAAAAUAGCCAAAUUACAGCUUCAACUAUAAGAGAGGAUGAAGCUUUUGAUGAUGGGCAAACUGUUAUCAACUCAGAUUUGAGGAUUUUUACUUUUGCACAACUGAAGGCUGCCACUUAUAAUUUUAGACCUGAUAUGGUUUUGGGAAAGGGAGGUUUUGGUUCUGUUUAUAAAGGCUGGCUUAAGGAGAGAGUGCCGUCAAGAGGGAUAAAGAAGACUGCUGUUGCUGUCAAGAAAUUGGAUUCUAGAAGCAUGCAAGGAAUUAAGGAGUGGAAGGUAGAGGUUCAUUUAUUAGGAAGCUUAUCUCAUCCAAGCCUUGUAAAGCUAUUGGGAUAUUGUUGGGAAGAUGAAAAGCUUCUCCUUGUCUAUGAGUUCAUGAAAAACGGAAGCUUAAACCAUCAUCUAUUUAGAAAGCGCUCAGUUCGACCACUUACAUGGGACACAAGGCUGAAGAUUGCCAUAAGAACGGCUCAAGGUCUGGCUUACUUGCACACAUUGGAAAAGCCUAUAAUUUACAGAGAUUUCAAGUGUUCCAAUAUACUUCUUGAUGAGUUCAAUAACGCAAAGAUAUCUGACUUUGGCUUAGCCUUCUUUGGUCCUUUGACUGAUAAUUCACACACCACCACACGAGUUAUGGGCACGUACGGAUAUGCUGCUCCAGAGUACAUUGCUACAGGUCAAUUGUUUGUAAAGAGUGAUGUAUAUGGUUUCGGCGUUGUUUUGGCUGAGAUGCUAACUGGCUUAAGGGCAUUUGACACUAGACGUCCGUCUGGGCAACGAAAUCUAGUGGACUGGGUUAAGCCACAUCUGAUAAAUAGGAGAAAAUUGAAAAAUAUAAUGGACUCACGGCUUCAGGGAAAAUAUCCUCCCAAAGAGGCCUCAAAAAUAGCUCAUCUUGCUGUUAAAUGUCUUCAACCGAAUCCCAUACUCCGGCCAUCGAUGAAAGAGGUUGCUGAGACACUAGAACAAAUUGAAGCUACCAGUGUAAGAAAUGUUCAUCUGACCAAAUAGCAUGGCCAAUAGUGCUUCAUUGUUGUCAGAAAUGAAAAGCUUCUGGUAAUUGCAUAAAAGUUGGUGUAAUUAGUUUCCAUGGAAAUUUCAAGUUCUUGAAGAUUGAGUUGCAGAAGUUGCUAUUGGAUGAGCCUACAGUAUAUAUCCAGCUAGCAGGGGUAUACAUUAUACACUGAUCAUUUGUUGUAUCAACUAUCAAUAGAUUUAGUUCCAUGGGGAAAUUCUUUUUUUUUUUUUUUUUAAUUUUUUUAUGUCAUAGAAGUGGUCACAGUUAUCUGUGCAUAUGUUUAAUAACUGGAGGAGAAUAGACAAACUCUACUAAUAGAAGCAUUUUUUCCCUGAAAUUACUCUAUUUAUCCUGGUAAACAUGCAGAGUCAUUCUCAGGAGAACUCUGGCUUUUUUAACUC